AUUAAAUAUAAAUUAUAACACCUAUGUGUAAACAAGCCACGAUCGGCAUCUUUCAGUCACACAGAAUUUUUAUAUAUUGUUACUCAAAUGAAGCUGGAUUACAUAAAAUUUAACUAGUUAUUUGAUUACACACAUGAUAAUAUGAUAAUGUUAAUAUUUUUCGAUCCAAACACCAACCAUUAAAUGAUGGACAUGUCAAUAGUUGUACUUUAAAGUUCAUUUCGUUAGUCGAUACAUCAAAAUGACUGAAGCAAACAUCAUCCAAAUACUCAGCGACAUAGCUAAAGUAGAUGAACUCACCGAAGCUUUUAAUGGCUAUGUUCAUAAAGACUCUCUUCAAAAUAAUGAACAAAUGGAUAAGCUGUUUCUAAAUCUUACUGCAGUUAUCACACGAUUACCGGAAGAACAACAGGGCACCGCAAUCAAAUUAGUGCUGAAAACAGCUUCUACACUGACAGUUGGUGUUCGCCAAAAAGUUUUUCUUAAUAUGCUACAGAAAAUGGUCCAAAACCAUGGAAUUUCUUCAAAGUUAAUGUGUGAAUGUAUAAUGCAUUCCGAGUAUCUUGUGUAUACGAAUUCCGGAUUUUGGAUAGAAUGUUUUCACAUAGUAAAAUCUAUAUUAGCCACAGUCGAUUAUAAAGGAGUCAGAGAAAUAAUGAAGAGUUGUCUUGAAAAAGUAAAUGCUAUGCCAAAAGUAUUACCGGCUUCGUUGUUGCCCCAAUUUCUCGUACUGGAAGAUGUAAUUCGGUAUAUGUUUGAUAGAGAAGCGUGUCUCCUUCCAGGUUAUUUUGUUAUAAACGAAAUUCUCAAGUUGUAUAAUGAUAAAAAAGGAUGGCCACAUUGGAAAUUAGGCUGUUUAGUAUCAAAUUUCAUAGAAAGUUUUAGAGGUGCGGCACAAAUGACAUCGAUAAUUGGUCAAUCUACGAUGUUGCCUGUUGUAGAACAUUCUGGUUAUAACGACGAAAUGAUCAUGCCAUGGAAAUUGGACUCAGAUACAUUAAAAUUAACGCUGAAAGGAAAUAUUCCAUACCCUAAACAACUUAUGCAGCCUCAAAUAAAACUUUUCAGAUACGUGCUCGAACAGCCUUAUUCUAGAGACACUGUUUGCUCAAUGCUUGGAUUACAAAAAGGGACCAAACAACGAUGUAGAGUUUUGGAAGAACAGUUGGUCGAGUUGAUUAUACGGUCAAUGGAGAGAAGCGAUAAAGAAAUAACAGAGGGCGCAGAUCCUGAUGAAAAUCAUUGGCUUUGGUUGCACAUAUCUAGCCAAUUGAUUUAUUUUAUACUGUUUCAGUUUUCUGUGUUCCCAAACAUUGUUAAUGCUCUUCACGAAAAAUUACUGAAAAAAGAUUUACACAGAUCGAGAGAUAGAUUGAUGUGGGUACUGUUACAAUACAUUUCGGGGAGUAUUCAACGGAGUUCUUUAGAAAAUAUAUUGCCAGUAUUGAAAUUAUACGAUCUCUUAUAUCCCGAAAAAGAACCCUUACCGGUUCCGGAUAUAACCAGUCCGCUGUGUACACAUCAAAUGGCCGUUACUUGUAUUUGGAUACAUUUGUUACGUAAAGCUCAUAUGGAUAGUAUCAAAUUUCAUAGACCAAUACCGCUUGCGUUAAAAGCACACCAUGAUUACUUACAACAACUUGUUCAGCCCGCUAACGGUGCCUUAUGCAUGGGCACUGAUUAUCGUGUAGUAUUAGUGUGUAACGCAUUCUCUACGAAUAAUGAAUAUUUAUCUCGACCAAUGGCUGCUCUUUGUGAAGCCGUAUUAGGUAAUACCGGCAGCCGAAACUUGUCUGGUGUUACGUCCAACCCUCAGCAACCGACUCAAUCUCCAGUAGUCACACCUACCGUUGGAGGCACUUCGCCAGUAGCUGCUGUACCCGGCUCCGGAGGAACUACGAGUCCAAUAAGUGGAAGUGCAUCGUCUUCUGGCACUAUGGGCCCUACCACACCGCUUAGUAUGGCUGUUUUAGAUUCCUUGACUAUUCACGCAAAGAUGAGUUUGAUACACAGCAUUGUAACUCAUGUGAUUAAGUUAGCACAAUCCAAAUCAAAUAUGGCACUGGCUCCGGCCUUAGUCGAAACGUAUAGCAGACUUUUGGUUUACACGGAAAUAGAAUCGUUGGGCAUCAAAGGAUUUAUAAGUCAAGUAUUACCCACGGUAUUCAAAUCUCACGCUUGGGGAAUUCUAUACACGCUAUUAGAAAUGUUUAGCUACAGAAUGCAUCAUAUUCAACCGCAUUACAGGGUCCAACUUCUUUCGCAUUUGCACAGUUUAGCGGCCGUUCCACAAACAAAUCAAACCCAACUACAUUUAUGCGUUGAAAGUACAGCAUUACGUCUAAUUACUAGCCUCGGAAGUAAUGAAGUGCAGCCGCCGCUUUCACGUUUCCUCAGCGAACCAAAAACUUUAGUAUCUGCCGAGUGUGAAGAACUCAACCGUGCUCUUGUUUUGACAUUAGCCAGAUCCAUGCACAUUACAGGGACAUCGGCAGGUCAAGAAGGUUCCUGGUGCAAAGAACUUCUCACAACAAUCAUGACAAAUACACCUCACAAUUGGGCACAACAUACGUUGCAGUGCUUCCCGCCAGCUCUCGCUGAUUUUUUUGUUCAUAACCCAGUUACUAAAGAAAACAAGCAGCAACUCAAAAAAGCCGUCGAAGAAGAAUAUCGUAAUUGGGCUUCAAUGACAAAUGAAAAUGACAUAAUAGCUCAUUUUUCCGUUCCUGGAGCUCAUCCGUUAUUUUUAUGUUUAUUGUGGAAAAUGAUUUUAGAAACAGACAGAAUCAAUCCUAUUGCUUACAAAAUUUUAGAAAGAAUUGGUGCGCGAGCACUAUCUGCACACCUUCGUAAAUUUUGUGAUUAUUUAGUAUUUAAGUUUGCAGUAUCUGAAGAAGGUCAACAUGUCAACAAAUGUGUCGAUGCUAUCAACAGUAUGAUUUGGAAAUAUAAUAUUGUUACGAUAGAUCGACUUGUUUUGUGCUUGGCACUUCGUACUCAAGAAGGAAGUGAAGCACAAGUUUGUUUCUUUAUUAUACAACUACUACUAUUCAAGGGUGCAGAAUUUAGAGCUCGCGUUCAAGAAUUUGUCAAAGAAAACUCUCCAGAACAUUGGAAGCAAUCUAAUUGGCAUGAAAAACAUUUAGCAUUCCAUAGGAAGUAUCCAGAAAAGUUUGCACCAGAAGGAAUUUUAGAACCGGCAUCUUAUCAACCUUUACCUGUGUACUUCGGUAAUGUGUGUCUUAGAUUUUUACCAGUAUUUGACAUUGUAAUUCAUAGAUACCUAGAGCUGCCGCCUGUAUCAAAAUCGUUAGAAACACUUUUAGACCAUUUGGGUUGCUUAUAUAAAUUUCACGAUCGUCCAGUCACGUAUUUGUAUAACACAUUGCAUUACUAUGAAUCAAAAUUGCGUGAAAGACCAUCUUUAAAACGCAGGCUAGUAUGCGCUAUACUUGGAUCCAUGUGUGAAACUCGUUGUUGUUGGACGUUAUCGGAAUCUUACCAAAGGUAUAUGCAACCAGCAACUUCAUCAACAAAUAAUACAAUAGGUGCCAGCACGGACAAUUCUGUAACACCACCUAAUCCCAUUUGGUUGCCUGAUCUCGAAUACUAUGUAAUGCUUGUCAAAAGAAUUACAGACACUAUGAACAGCAGUGUAAAAUUUCCAAACAUCGAUUGGAGAUUUAACGAGUUUCCCAAUCCUGCUGUUUACGCCCUUUAUAUGACUUGUGUAGAACUUAUGGCUCUUCCGUUGUCUCCAGAUACAGUGGCUAAUUCUUUAAUAGAUGUCAUUAUGAAGAGAUACACGGAAAUACCGUCAAAAGAAAUUCAUCAUUGGAUUAACAGUUUUGGUCUAAUCAUGUCGGCUCUACCCGAGCCAUUUUGGGUGACCUUGCAAGACCGUAUAUUGCAACUGUUACAAAGUCCGUGCCUAAGUUCAUGGAAGUAUAUUCAUACUCCUUUUCAACUAUUCAAUUUUGAUCUUACUCACAGCUGUAUGCUCGACAACCGAUUUUCAUACAUGUUGGCUUUAGCCCAUGCAACAUGGCAUCACGCUGGCGUUGGACAUAUCACUUCAUUUCAACAAUUUGUAAAAGAAAAGUUGGUACCUGCGGUUUAUAGUGAAGAACAAUUCAUAUUUUUAUGUCAUUUGUUUGCCCCAUUUCUGUCUCGAUACAAUCUGGAGAAACCAUAUCCAUCUAUACUAGAUAUUAUCGUUCAGCUAUUCAACGCCUUGGAAAGAGUGGAUAAAAAUGUCCAUACUCUACAUUACAUGGAUCCUAUUUGUGAUUUAUUGUAUCAUAUUAAAUACCAAUAUGUGGGCAAUUUGAUGAAGUCUGAGGUAGACGGUAUUGUCCGGCGAUUGCGUCUACCAUUACAAAAACGACUUCGAUUUAUAACGCAUUUAAGUUUAGCUGAAGUUGAAGCUUUAAAUAAAGCAGCCGAAAAAGAAUCCGCUGUAAUUACGAAUGGUUCCAACGGAGUUGUAUCUCAAAAUAUCAACACUACUAAUUCAACUUCUGGUCUACUUUAAUUAUUUAAUAAUUAUUGCGAAUACACAAUUAUUUCUUGUAAUUUAUUACAAAUAAACUUUAAUUUUUUCAUAAA